UACCAAUUUUGGACACAAGGGUGUAGCAUUGCACAACCUUUCUGAUUUUGAAAUAAAUGCACAUUUAUGUCAUGGAGACAGUCAAGAUAAAGUGUUUUAGUCCCUUGGUUAGCCCUUGAAGAAAAAUGCCAUCCGUUUUGUGAAAAGCAAUCGGACCAGACGGCAGCAUGGCGAUCUAUUGACAGGAGCGUUACUCGACAUUUUCUCUCCACGAGAUGAUCACAGGGAGCACUUGUGCUGCUGCUCUCCGGUGUGCUCCGCUGCUGCACGGGGACUUGAAACGAGACGCUAGAUGGCGUCCGCGUUGAAAGGGAGAAUCGUUUUGGGAUGGGAGGGGGCAGAGUUGGGGGAUGAAUGACGUCGGCUAGGACCAGUGGGGGGACGCGGCGGUGGCUUGCAGCUGGAGGAGGGAUGCGGGGAGGACCGAAGCAGCAGCAGCAGCAGCAGCAGCAUUAGCAGGACGGGGAGGAGGAGGGAGGGGGGGCCGUCGACUGAGAUGGACCUUUAACAAUUGUUCCAUCACUCUCGGUCGGCUUCAAAGUGCUCGAACCCGCAGGGUGGGUGGGGGCCAUGCGCUGCGUCCGCGGCGGCGUGCGCGCGCCAUCCGAGCCCGGAGCCUGGGGGAGCUGCGGCGGCUCGUAGAUGGCUCCGCGGCUGCGGGUGCAAAACAGGUGUCCGGCAAGCGUCGUCGGGAGGGGGGCGAGGACGAGGAGGAAGAGGAAGAGGGGCCAGCGACCGGGGGCAAGAUGGCAGCCAAGUCCGACGGCCGCGGGCUCGUCUCCGGCUUCGCCCAGCUGCGCAACCUGGACGAGGCGGUGGGCGCGGGGGAGGAGGGGCCCGACGGCGGCAGCAGCUCCUUCCACAUCUGCCACUGCUGCAACACCUCGUCGUGCUACUGGGGCUGCCGGAGCGCCUGCCUGCACUACCUGCGGGCCAGGCGCCGGGAGGCGGCGGCCGCGGCCGCGCCGCCGCACGAGGAGCAGCAGCGCCUGUGGCUGGACUGUCUGUGGAUCGUGCUGGCCCUGCUCGUCUUCUUCUGGGACGUGGGCAGCGACGUGUGGCUCGCCGCCUACUACUACCGCGGCCGGGACUUCCUGUGGUCGGCCGUGACGCUCUUCUUCGUGCUGGUGCCCUCGGUGCUGGUGCAGAUCCUCAGCUUCAGGUGGUUCGUGCAGGAUUACACCGAGGGCGCGCUGGGCUCCGUGCAGGGGCUGAGCAGCCGCCGGGCCGCCGCCAGCCUGCAGCGGGACCGAUGCUGCCGGCUCUCCGUCUGGCUCUGGCAGAGCGCGCUGCACGUCUUUCAGAUGGGACAGGUGUGGAGGUACAUCCGCACCAUGUACUUGGGCGUGCAAAGCCACCGGCAGAAGGAGAACCGCCGGCGCUUCUACUGGGCCAUGAUGUACGAGUACGCCGACGUCAACAUGCUGCGACUGCUGGAGACUUUCCUGGAGAGCGCCCCCCAGCUGGUGCUGCAGCUCUGCAUCAUGAUCCAGAGCAACAAGGCCGAGUGGCAGCAGUGUUCCUCGGUGGCGUCCUCCCUCCUGUCCCUGGCCUGGGUGCUGGCGUCCUACCACAAGCUCCUGCGCGACUCUCGCGACGACAAGACCAGCAUGAGCUACCGCGGCGCCGUGGUGCACCUGCUGUGGCGGCUCUUCACCAUUUCCUCGCGGGUGCUGUCGUUCGCCCUCUUCGCCUCGGUUUUCCACAUGUACUUUGGCAUCUUCGUGGUGCUCCACUGGUGCGCCAUGGCCUUCUGGGUCAUCCACGGCGGCACCGACUUCUGCAUGUCCAAGUGGGAGGAGGUGCUGUUCAACAUGGUGGUGGGGGUGGUGUACGUCUUCUGCUGGUUCAAUGUGCAGGAGGGGCGCGUGCGCUUCCGAAUGGCGCUUUAUUACACGCUGGUGCUGUCGGAGAACGCCCUCCUCAGCGGGCUGUGGUACGCGUACCGCGACCCGCUCACCAGCGACGCCUACGCCUCUUAUGCCCUCUGCGGCGUCUUCCUGUGCUUCGCCUCAGGUGUGGCCUGCAUGCUCCUCUACUACGGGGCCCUGCACCCCAAGGGCCCCCGGCCCGGGCUCCCGGCCGGCUCCUGUUGCGCCCGGUUGCUCUGGGGGCUGCCGUUACCCCCCGAGGCCGAGCCCAUGGCGCCCGCGCCGGGCCCGGCCUCGGGGGAGCCGGCCGAGUCCGAGCAAAGCGCCGCCGACUCCUCCUGCCUUCCGGUUUUCCAGGUGAGGUCCGCGGAGCCGCCGGACGCGUCCGGCCGGCCCGCCCCGCCCCGAGGCCCCCUCAUCAAAAUAGACAUGCCCAGGAAGCGCUACCCGGCCUGGGACGCCCACUUUGUGGAUCGACGCCUGCGCAGGACCGUCAACGUGCUGCAGUACGUCAGCCCCGACGCCGUGGGCGUCAGGUACAGGGACGGCCCCCUCCUCUAUGAGCUCCUGCAGUACGAAUCGUCCUUCUGAAGGCCGCUCUCGCGCGCCUUCUUUUUCACGUCUCCAUUUCGUCCUCCUUCCACCCUCCGCGC